UUUAACGCUUAAGGAAACUGCAAUUUGUUUUGUUUACCAUUACGUGUGUGUGUGUGCGAUUGUGUGUGCCGUGCACGCAUUGGUAUCUGUGUUUUAUUGUUGCGGCAAACAGCAGUAAAAUAUAGAGACGCGUUUUUGUUGUUGUUACCUUUUCCGACAGUGUACGCGCCCGUUUAUUAGCGAGCGUGCGCGCAACAAAUAAAGGCAUUUUUGUUAACUACAAGAAGUGCACUUGAGGAACGGGGGUAGGUGGAUAGACUGCACUUUUGAUUGCCGGCGGACACACAAAAUGAGCAGCAGCAGCGCAACCGGCAAUGAGCCGUCGACGGCCGUGGCGUUGCCAGAGGUGGCUUCUCCUUUGCUAAAGGCUUUUGACUUUGAUUUUACAAGCACCAACUAUGAGUUUGACGACAGCAUAUCGGAGGAGGAGCGCCGCUUUUAUCUCAAGAUGUAUCCCACCGUGGACACUGUUAAUCAGCGCAAGGUGCACUGCACUGUUUGUAAAAUGCAUGUGGGCACAUCGCCCAGCGCAGAGCAGAACAUUAAGAUGCAUCCCAUACUGCGUGUGACACACUGUUCCAAGUGCCAUGAUUUCUAUAACAGCGGCGAGUUCUCAAAAGGCGAGGAUGGCUCCGAGCUUUACUGCCGCUGGUGCGGUCAAGGCGGCGAGGUCUACUGCUGCUCGACUUGUCCAUUUGUCUUUUGCAAAUCCUGCAUUAUAAAGAAUCUAUCGCGAGGCGUUAUUAUAGAUAUCGAACAGAACGAGAACUGGAAUUGCUUCAAGUGCACCUCGAAAAUACUUUGGCCACUGCGCGCGCAGCACUGGGCGCUUACCAACUAUAUUGAAACACAAAAGAAUGGGCUACAAACGCUGCAGCUGCCUGAGGCGGAGCUACGCAAGCACAUGAUAAAGGACAAAAGCAGCUGCUGCCGUUUGGCCAAGGCCAAGAUUAGUGGCUUGUCAGACUCUAUGGAGAGUCUGGAGUCGAAUGCAUCGAAGCGCAGUCGUGGCAGCUCUGUUGGCUCUGCCAAGAAGUCUAGCAAGUCUCAACAAGGUCAAGGACCGCCCGUGAAACGUCCCAAGUCUUCAAACGAUGAAGUUGUCUGCACUCCCGAUUUGCUUAGCAUGCUGGAGCCGGACUGUCAAAUCUCUGUGACUCCAAAACCAGCAUCACGCGCCACAAUAUCAAUCGCCAGCAGCAGCAGCAGCAAAACCAGCACGCCGCGCAUUGUUACGGUGCAACAAAACUACACUGGACCAAGUCCUAGCACUAGUGCCAGUACAAGUGCGAGCAGCAGCAGCAAUGGCAACGCAGCUGCCAUGUCACGGAGCAGUUUGCCGCCACCUUUGGUGUUAAGCAGCUCGGGGAUGCGUUAUCGCGGCUCCACGCCCAGUCCAGCUUCGUCAACAGCUCGCGCAGCUCGCAAUCCAGUGCCCAGUGCCAUACGUAGCGCAGCACCUGUGUUCCAUACGAUCAAUGGCUACCGCGUUGACCUGAACAGUGCAGCUCAACAGGACUCCUAUCGCUUGCCCAAUGGACGCCUCAUACAGGUGAAGCGUCAAAUGCCAGCCAAUGCGCAGCCUUCAACGCCGCUGGCGCCUGCUGUCGUCAAUCCUCAACUCAUGAUGGGUCAACGUGGCGCAGCUGGGCCGCGCAUGCUGCACAACAGUCCCGCGUUUGGCAACAACAUAGGCAUCUACAACCCGCAAUCAAAUCCACAGCAGCGUACGCCGCAAAUGGUGCGCAUGAACAACAGUAAUCAAGCUCAGUCUAUGCUGCAGACGAACAGCAAUGGCGGUGGCACCACCAUAACAAUGACGCCAGCUUCUAUGGUUAAUAAGCCUACGCUAGUGCGGCAGACUUUUCCCGAUACGCCCAUUGGCAAAGCACGCAAGCAGCUGCAGGAUCGCGUCUUCAAUGCUAUGGAAAUCUGCACGCAUCUGACGGGCAAGGUGCAGUCGUUCACCAACUCCAAUGCGUACAAUACGGCGCGUAGUUCAAUGGAACUCAAGGAGCUCUAUGUACAUAUUUCCUAUAUGAUGACCUAUGCCAUUGGACGCUUCAAGCAGCUGCAGGAUAAGUGCCUGGUGGAUAUGCGUGAGAUGGGCUUUAAGAACGACGCCAAUAGCUUGGAGAAUGGUCAACUAGCUGCUGCUGUGGAUUAUGUGUGCUAUGGACAGCUGGAUGAUGUGGAUUUGUACAAUACGGGCAGCAAUAGUUUUCACAAUCAGGUCUAUGAAUAUCGCAAGAGUUUGCAUGCGAAUUUAAAGGAUGGUGAACAUCAGGAACCGCUGCCGCCGCUAAGAGCGCUUGGGGAAAGCGUAGAAGUGGAAAUCAAAGCGGAAAUUGAGGAUGAUGAGCAGCAGGAGCAGCAUAAUAUUAAUUUGGAGCCUGAGGCGCAAUUCAAUGACGAUGAGGACGACGACGAUGAUUUCGAUGAUGAGCACGAUGCGCUGGACACAGAGGAGAACAUGAAUCGCAAUGAGCAAGCGCAUGCCUAUGAUCGCAAGCUAACUCGACUGCUGCGCGAAUAUCCUUCCAUUUGGUGCACGCAGCAUCCGGACUACGGCAACAUGGAGGUCACCCACAAGCAGUGGCGCGUCAUUGCCAGUCACUUUCCACGCGGCGAUGACAUCAAGCUGCGCUGGAAGAAUGUACGCAAGCGUUAUGUGCGCAUUGAGCGGCGCCUGAAGCAGGGCAAACGUUUCCGUGGCUACUGUGACAAGGCUACCAACUAUUUGGCCAACCGUGAUCUACCACUAAGUGAAUGGCUGCAUGUCGACUGCGGUGAGGAUGAUGGCGAUGGAUUUGAGCGCAAGCAGCUGGAUGCCAUAGAGAAUACCAUACAUCAGGACAUGCCAGCCAAGAACUCAGGCCGUCUACUAGUGCGUCCCAUUGAAGUGUGCACCAUAGACCAGCGCAUCAUCAAUUUUGCCAAGAGCCAUCCGGUGCUAUGGCGCAAAUCAGCCGAUCCCGAAUUCAACAGCAUUGAUGAACAAACGCGCAAGUCACUUUGGUAUAAUUUCUGCAAAACUACACCAAAAUAUCGCACCGAGUAUAUUGUGGAGCGUUGGCAGCAAAUGUAUGAAAUGUAUAAAUCUUUUCGCCUCAAGACCAUCAAGGAUAAGCGCAUUUUUGCCAAUCUGGAGCUUAAGUAUUCCAAGUACUUGGCUUCGUUGUAUUUCCUAUACAAAAUCGAUGAGCAGGAUUUGCGCGAUGAAUUUGAACCACUGCAGGAUUAUGCAGAGCAGCAAAAUAAUGCUGGCACAGCCAAGCUAAAGGAUAUGCCUGAUGACAAACAAUUUGUGCAGCAGUUAGUGCUGGCCAUACGCGUUUAUCCCACGCUUUGGAAUCCGCGGCAUGUAGAAUAUGAAGAUGUGGGCGCUCGUGAACGUUUAUGGGCGGAGUUGGCCAGACGCUUGGCACGUUUUCGCCGCGAUGCACGCGCCUGCAAGCUGCGCUGGCAAAUGGCCAAGUUUGCCUAUGAGUGCUACAAUCGCGAGCUGGAGCGAGAGCCCAGACCUAAUGAUAAGACGCUGCAAAAGCUUAGUAGCAAUUUUCCAUUAGAGGAAAUACGUUUUCUCAAUGCCUAAGCUUCAGCCAAGUUAUUGCCAAUUAGACUAAGUUUAUAAAACAUAUUAAAAAC